AUGGCUGUGGUAAAGCUAUAUGAAAGUGGCUCGACCUUUGCCCACACCCCUAUGGCCAUUGUGGCUGCAGAUGCCACCCCUCACACCCUUGAUGAAGAAGACAUGGUCAAGCAGGCCCAUGAGAUAGGCAAGAAGUUUGCGGCUCUAACAGAGUUGUUGAAGAGCUAUUUAUAUAUUGGCAGCGUCAAGGUCUGUGGUGCUGAUUUUAGUAUCCCAAUCAAUGAGAACCCCAAGGGGUGGGUGAUGGUGCACUGGAUUGUUGGCUUGCGCCUGGCCAAAGGGUUGCUGAUGUAUAUGCUUGAACGACGCCUCAAGAUGAGUGUCUUGAUAGUAAUGACAGAUGAGCAAGUAGAGAGGGAUGUCAAGAUAAUAAGGGAAGCAAUAAAUGAGGUCACGGAGUAUGACAGAGCGAGUCCGGGUGAGGUAUGGCAUAAAGUACAUUAA